CUCCGGAGACUCCGCCGCGCCAGCCACUUCGGAGGUCGCCGUCCCAGCAGGCGAUGAGCCCGGCUCGCUCUCGGGGGCGCGCUACGUGGGUGCUGGCCGGGGCCCUCCUGGCCGUGGCCCUGGCGCUGGGGGGCAGAGGCUGUCUCCCCGCGGGCCCGGGUCCCCUCCGGGGCCCCUUCGGCGCGCAGCCGCCCCCGGAUCCUUCCGCGGCUCCCGGGGCUGCGGGAAGCCUGGGGACCCCUCCUGGGCCGAACGGGGCGGGGCCCCAGGAGACCGCACAGGACUUGUCCUGCAUGAUUUGGUCCAAUGUGGAAAGCUCUCACUUUAAGACUGCAGCUGAAGCACCACUUGGAACGGAAUUCAACAAGAAAAUUGAAGUCUUUUUCCCACUCCCGACUUCUGCAGCCUCCAGUGGGCCGUGGACUCAUUCCCUAUUUGCUUUCAUACCUUCAUGGCCUAAGAAGACCUUAUUUAAAAGAGAGUCUCCUGUAACACACCGCCUGGAUAGGGACCUUUCAAGAGAAAUUCAAGGGACUUCUGAGAAUGGAGUAAUUUUUCAGAAAUGUGCACUGGUGUCGGGGCAGAGCGGAUCACAGACGGCCCACGUGCGACUGCUUGUUAACAACACCAAGACAGCCCUGUCAGCCGACCUCUCAGACCUGCUCUUGCUGGACAACAUCACGGGCCUCGCCGUGAGCGGGUCGGUCGGAAACAAGACCUCGGGCGCACUCCAGGCUUUCAGAAGGAAGUUUCUGCAAGUGGGGGACGCCUAUGAGGUCAGCUACACAGCCUCGCUGCAGCCUGGAGGCCUCGGGACCGGGGAGAGCCUGAUGCUUCCUGCCCAGCUCACCUUUCAGAGCUCAUCACUGAACAGAACACAGCUAAAAGCCUUUUUUACCAUAACCGUAGAAGAAAAGAUAACGGUUCUGCCGCACCACGGCGUCCACGCGGCGGGGUUCGUGGCUGCCUUCCUGUCCUCCCUCCUGCUGGCCUGGCUCGUGCUCUUCUUCACUGGGCGGUGUCGGUGUCUGACGGGAAGCGUGCUCACCAGGCAGCAGGUCGGACUUCGCGAGAGCAAGGUGGAGCCCUUGCUGUCCACCUCGGCGGAUGGCGUGAAUGAGGACCUUUCCCUUAACGACCAGAUGGUAGACAUUCUGUCCUCCGAGGACGCUGGGAGCAUGCUGCAAGCCUUGGAAGAGUUGGAGAUUGCAACCCUGAAUCGAGCAGAUGCAGACCUGGAGGCUUGUCGAGCCCAAAUCAGCAAGGAUAUCAUUGCUCUUCUGCUGAAGAAUCUCACCAGCAGUGGCCACCUCUCACCCCAGGUGGAGAGGAGGAUGGGUGCUGUUUUCAAAAAGCAGUUUCUGUUGCUGGAAAAUGAAAUACAAGAGGAGUACGAUCGGAAGAUGGUGGCAUUGAUGGCUGAAUGCGACCUGGAAACAAGAAAGAAGACAGAAAACCAGUACCAGAGGGAGAUGGUGGCCAUGGAGGAAGCAGAAGAGUUGCUGAAGCGUGCUAGCGAAAGGUCCACUGCAGAGUGCAACAACCUCCUGCGGACCCUCCACCGCCUGGAGCAGGAGCACCUGAGGAAGUUUCUCGCUUUGCAGCAAGAGGAAGACUUCGCCAAGGCUCACAGACAGCUCGCUGUUUUCCAGAGAAACGAACUGCAUAGCAUCUUUUUUACCCAGAUAAAAAGUGCUAUUUUCAAAGGGGAAUUGAAGCCAGAGGCAGCUAAAAUGUUGCUGCAAAAUUAUUCUAAAAUACAGGAUAAUGUAGAAGAGUUAAUGGACUUUUUCCAGGCUUGUAAGAGGUAUCAUCUAAGUAAAAGAUUUGGCCACAGAGAAUACCUGGUGCGGAACCUGCAGUCAUCAGAAACCCGCGUGCAAGGCCUUCUGAGCACUGCGGCAGCUCAGGUGACCCACCUCAUCCAGAAACACGAGAGAGCGGGGUACUUGGAUGAAGAUCAAAUGGAAAUGCUACUGGAGCGGGCUCAGACAGAAGUCUUUUCUAUAAAACAGAAGUUGGACAAUGACUUAAAGCAGGAAAAGAAAAAGCUCCAUCAAAAGUUAAUAAUUAAGAGAAGACGAGAGUUGCUACAAAAGCACAAGGAGCAGCGCAAGGAGCAGCUGUCCAUUGGCGAAGCCUUCCGGGCUGCCGAGGACGUUGGCCAGUACCUUCAGCAGUGGCGGCGCGUGAUGGCAGAGCGUAGCGCUGCCCUGGAAGAGCUGCAGGAGCGUCUGGACCAGGCUGCCCUGGACGAGCUCAGGGCCCUGACCCUCUCGCUGUCCGAGAAAGCCACCGAGGAGCUGCGGCGCCUCCAGAGCUCGGCGAUGACCCAGGAGCUGCUCAAGCACAGCGUGCCCUGGCUCUUCCUGCAGCAGAUCCUGGAGGAGCACAGCAAGGAGAUGGCCGCGCGGGCCGAGCAGCUGGAGGCGGAGGAGCGGGACAGGGACCAGGAGGGUGUCCAGAGCGUGAGGCAGAGGCUGAAGGACGAUGCUCUAGAGGCCGCGGUGGAGGAGCAGGCAGAACUUCGACACUGGGAGCGCUCGGUAUUUACGAAGCUCUGUGCCACGGCCUUCUCCGUGUCUGAAGAGGAGCUGCUCAGGAUGCAGCAGGAGGUCCACGGCUGCUUCGCUCAGAUGGACAGGAGCUUGGCCCUGCCCAAAAUCCGGGCCCGAGUCCUGCUGCAGCGAUUUCAGACUGCUUGGCGAGAGGCGGAGUGCCUGAAACUGGACCAGGCCCUGGCUGCCCCCGAGCUGCAGCAACAGUCCAAGGUGAGAAAGCCGCGGUCCAAGAGUAAAAGCAAGAUAGACCUUUUGAAGAAGUGCAUUGAAGAUAAAAUUCACCUCUGUGAAGAGCAGGCCCCCGAAGACCUGGUUGAGAAGGUCCGAGGCGAGUUGCUGCGGGAGAGAGUGCAGCGGCUGGAGGCCCAGGAAAGACGCUUCACCGAGGCGCUUGUGGCUCUGCAGUUCCAGAAGGCGGCCCGGGUGACUGAGACACUGUUGGCCUACACUGCCCUCCUCAGCAUCCAGGACUUGCUGCUGGAGGAGCUGAGUGUGUCGGAGACGCUGACCGAGUCGGCCUGCACCCAGAUCCUGGAGUCGCAUAGCCCGGAGCUGCAGGAGCUGGAGAGGAAGCUGGAGGACCAGCUGACGCAGCAGGAGGCAGCCCAGCAGCAGCAGGCCCUGGCGAGCUGGCAGCAGUGGGUGGCCAAUGGGCCUGGGCUUCUGCACGAGCCUGGGGAGAUGGAUUCUGAAGGGCAGGUUGCCAGCAUGCUGUGGCAAGCCCUGAGCAGGGGCCAGAAGUUCCUGGAGCACCACCAGCAGAGUCUGAGAGCGGAGCAGCAGCGCAUUGCCGUGCUGGAAGACGUGCUGGAGCACUCGGAGAUGGACACCUUCGUGGCCCUGUGCAGCCAGGAGCUGAGACUGGCGUCUUACCUCUCGAGGCUGACGAUGGUGCCUGCGGCCACGCUGCGCCGGCUCCUGAGCGUGGUGCUGCCCACAGCCUCGCAGUCCCAGCUGCUGGCCCUGCUGGAGUCGGUCAGCGAGAAGCAUCCAGACCACGCUGCCGAGAACGAGGGUGGCGCGGAGCAGGCCGACGCGGGCAGGCGGAGGAAACACCAGGGCUGGUGGCAAGCCUUGGACAGCAAGCUGCGUGGGGAUCUGGUGAGCAGAGGAUUAGAAAAAAUGCUCUGGGCGCGCAAGAGGAAGGAGAGCAUAUUAAAGAAGACAUGUCUUCCCCUCAGAGAGAGGGUGACAUUCUUUGGAAAAGGAAGUUGGCCUCACCUGUCACUGGAGCCCAUUGGCGAACUAGCUCCUGUACCCCUUGUAGGGGCAGAAACCACUGAUGUAUUAAACACAGGCGAAAAGCUCUUUAUCUUCAGAAAUCGGAAGGAGCCAGAGAUCUCAUUGCACAUUCCUCCCAGGAAAAAGAAGAACUUUCUAAAUGCCAAAAAGGCCACUAGGGCCUCGGACAUGGACUAG